GAGCUUAAUAGAUCUUUUUUCGAAAUUACGAAAGUAUAUGGGUCGUUUCGGUACUUACCUCCAAAUCCCUAAUUUCUACUCAAAAAUCAAAAUGAGAAUAGUUUUCUUUUACCAUAAAAGAAAAAAUAGUGGAAUUAGUGUUUUGCACUUUUGUUACUCGUCUCUUUCCGACUGACUACACACUCCCUCGGCCGAGACCCUCUCUCAUAAUUGGCUAGAACGAAAUUUUGUUUCAACGUUUCUUCGUCUUUGCUCGCCGACCUUGUCUCUCUAAUUCGCGGAUAGAUUGUUCAAUUUUUAAGGUUAUAAGGGCUAAUGGGGGAGAAAGGAGGAAAAGGGUUUUCAGUACCCAAAUCUUCACUCAAGUCUCCGACAAACUAUGCAUCAGCGAAAGGGAAGGAUGAUAACUCCACUAACUUGAAGAAGGGAAGGAAAACUAAGUUUGGCUCUGAAAGUCCAAGUCAGGUCAAAUUUAGUUUUCAAUCAAAUUAUGAUGGGACGUUUAACGCUGGAAAUGCCAAAGGAGGAAAAGGAGACAACAUGGCAAAAGGCAAGAAGGAUUCUAUCAAAAAGCAAGAACCGCUUCAACUUAGAAAACAGGAUAUUCCCAAAAAUGCAAAAUGCCUAACGGACUGUGAGGCUGCACAAAUCUUGCAGACAAUACAGGAUCAUAUGGUUGUGUUGUCUAAAGAUCCAACCUUUAAAAUCCACGAAUCCUUUGGCAGUGGCUUGCAGUAUGCUAAAGCUGGUGCUCCAUAUACCAAUCCACAAUCUGUUAGACGAGUUCUUGAGACUCUCAUUCCAUAUGGUGUUUCUGAUGGCGAAAUAUCUGUUAUUGCGAAUGUUUGUCCAGAAACUGUAGAGGAAGUUUUUGCGCUGGUUCCAUCCUUGAAGGCGCAGAGAAGCAAGCUGCGAGAACCCCUCAACCAUGCAUUAACUGAGCUGUCUAAGCUUAAAAUGUCAACAUGAACCAUGAAACCUCAAAGCAGUGGGAAUGCAGGACGCAGUUUCCGCUGUUUUGGUUUAGAAGUACUCUCGUAAUUGUGUAAACCCCACCUACUUGGUCCCUUUUGCAUCAAACUAUGUAUAAUUUGGUGGAGUUGGCAUGUGUCUACUAAGUGCAACUAGUUAAGAAUUGACCAUGGCACCAACUGGUUCAUGUAGCUGUCUAUCAUGAAGAAGUAUGACUGAUUUCUUUGCUA